UACUCGCACACACACUUCUCCACUUUAUAUUGUAUUUUAACUUUACAUUUAUACUUUGAAAGUAUUUUUUCAAUGCUGUAUUUAUUUUUGCGUGACGAAUACGUCAGAUACGCACUCCAAUGCAUACAUUAACCAGAAUCUGUGGCGCGUCGACGUCAUAUGUGACUACUUCCCGUGAAGUGCGGACUUGUGGCGUUUUGGGCAACUUUUAUUUCGUAUGACAUGACGUAUUGAAUGUCAAAAGUAGCCCAAGUUGACACAGCGGACGUGAAGGCAACGGAGGACAGGGCAGCCUCAUCCAAAAUGGCGAAGCACAACAAGGAUCUGGAGGAGGAGAUCUACGACAAGGUGGUCGAUUUGACCGAGUACGCCAAACGUCAGCGAUGGUGGAACCGUCUGUUUGGAAAGACAUCCGGCCCGCUAGCAGAGAAAUACUCUGUUGCUACACAGUUAGCCAUAGGAGGAGUGAGCGGAUGGUGUGCAGGCUAUCUCUUCCAGAAGGUUGGAAAAGUUGCUGCGACUGCUGUAGGGGGAGGACUUCUGUUGCUGCAGAUAGCAAACAACAGCGGCUACAUCCAAGUAGACUGGAAAAGAGUAGAGAAAGAUGUCAACAAAGCCAAGAAACAAAUAAAGAAGAACACAGACAAAGCAGGUCCAGAGUUAAACACGUUAAUUGAGAGGUCCACAGAGUUUGUGAAGAAAAACAUUAUGGUCACGAGCGGCUUCGUUGGAGGCUUCCUGCUCGGUCUGGCGUCCUAGGCUCUGCCAGAAAAUAUGAGUGCUCUAGAACAUUUUUGACCUGGUAGAGGAAAAGGGGGGGGAAACACUAUAUUGCUCAGUGGAUGAUCAAUGUUGUUGACAGCAUGUCUCCAGUAAUCACGUAGCUGUCUUUUCUCCAUAGGCUGCACCCCUUUUGUUGUCUACUUUGUUACUGUAACCUCCACCUUAACAAGCCACGAUCAUUGUUUGGCUGGGGGUGACAGACCCACUUCAAUAUACUGCAGGCCAAAUUAUUCCACCAAAAAAUAAAAUAAAAAACGACAAUCAUAGUGUUGCAAGUUUUAUUUAUUGUUACGACAAAUUGUGGUACUGCAAUAGGUCAAUAAAAAUUAAACAAAUACUAUUUGAAGUGAAACCUUGAAUGUCAUGCACAUUUUCAGUUUCCUUUUGUGGUCAUAAACCAUUCCCCUUUAAUUUUUGUAUUCAUUUUUAAUAACCAAUAAAGUUCAUGCUUAAGGUA